AUGUUGGCAUUCUGGGGAAUCAUUAUUCUCUUCAAGAGUAUCCACAAUUUAUUCCAUAGAAUGGGUCCAUAUGUGCUCAAGUAUUUGGACUUUCCUCUAUCAAGAAGGCUUCGUGCUGAAUUUUUCUUACCACCUACUGGUAGAUAUCAUCAUUCAACUCCUAAGAGCCUACUUGGAUUCACGUUCAAUAUCCCAGCUCGGAUUGAAACGAUAAUUAUCUCUUUAUUCUUCAUUCAGAAUAUCCUUCUUGCAUUUGUAGGAAUUGAGACCAUUGAAAAUAGUGUCUUCUAUGAUAGCAUGUCGGAUCAAUAUGCAGACUCUAUUGGAUACCGAGCUGGUGUUAUUUGUAUGGCCGAGCUUGUGCUGCUCAUUGUAUUUGCUGGUAGAAACAAUCUUCUCAUCUAUAUUACUGGGUGGGAGAUGAAUACCUUCAACGUCUUCCAUAAAUGGGUAGCAAGAAUGACCGCCAUGCAAGCGGUUAUUCAUAGUAUUGGCUACACCAUCGAGUAUGUUCAGGAAGAUUAUUACACUGAGUACUUCAGUGGAGAGCCUGGAACUGCAUGGUUCAUAUGGGGAGUGGUAGCGACUAUUCUAAUGUGUGCACUGAUUACACAUUCAGUUCACUUUUUCAGAUCAAUUAACUAUGAACUCUUCUUGUACGGACAUAUCACACUGACGGCAGUUGCAAUUGCUGGAGUAUGGCUCCAUGUAAUUGGCAUGGAAGGAAUGAACUAUACCUAUGCCGCCAUUGCUAUCUGGGCAUUUGAUCAUGUUGCUCGUAUUGUGAGACUGCUAUGGUCUGGAGUUACUUCCAAGGCUAGCAUGAAACUCCACGGGGAACAUAUCUUGGAGAUUAAAAUUGACUACUCUAAAAGAUGGAAAUUCUAUCCCGGCUGUCACGUAUACUUGCACAUCCUUCGCACGAAUAGAUUCUGGCAAUCUCAUCCAUUUACAGUGGUGACUUCUCCUAGACCCGACGAUCAAGGCAAACUUGUCAUAUUUGCCCGGGUCAAAAAGGGAUUGACCAAGCACACUGCAAAUUACCUAAAAGACAAGCCAGAUCAAAGUGCACAGGUGAGAGUCCUUGUAGAGGGCCCUUAUGGUGGCCGUCAUCCAUUACAUCAUUAUGAGACAGUUGUCCUUAUUGCAGGUGGAGUCGGAAUCACCUCAAUUUACCCAUAUGCUGCUCAAUUGCGUGAAAACAAAGACAAAGCACAGAGAAUGGUGUUUAUCUGGGUCAUAAGAAAUGAACAGCCUUUAUCGUGGUUCCAGGACCAACUGAGGCAUAUUUCUGAAGACCCCCGAAUUGAAGUUAUUCUGUUCAUCACCGGUAGCAAUGCACUUGUUAGUAAUGAGGGCUCAGCGACAUCUAGCACAACCAAUCUGGACAAGUCUCCUCUGGAGUCAGAAGCUUCGUCUCAAACUGAGAAGAAGAGCCCUCUCGUCUCGUCAAGUGUUUUUGAUAUUCGGGCAGGCACCCCGGAUCUGAGAUCAAGGGUGGCUCAUGACAUCUCCGAAGCGGCUGGAACUGUCGCAUUCCUGGUCUGUGGACCUAACAGAAUGAACGAUGAUGUUAGAAUGGGUAUCGUUGACAACAUUGCAGACUCCAAACAUAGAGUCGACUACUUUGAGGACUCCUUCUCCUGGUAA